UUUCCGGCCGUUUUCGCUGCUCCAGGAACGCAAUCUCCCGCGGACCUCGGGCCCGGGCGCCCAGCGCGUCCGGGAAGCAACCGCAGCCGGCCUCCGGACCCGGGCUCCGACUGCUCCCCUGCUCUGGGUCAGUUCCAGCCAGCCUCUCCGAGCAAGCCCCGCCCCUGCCCGACCCGAGCUUGACGGCGCGGCCAGCCCCGCCCACCGGCCCGCGGGCCGCCGGCCGGAAAGCGCCGCGCCAACUGCUGCAAAGUGUCGUACGACAGAACCCGGGACGGGACUACGGCCGGCAACCGCCCCCGCCGCCGCUGCAAACUCUGCGGCUGCAGGGGCCGAGCGCGGCGGCCGCCCGCCUGCUCGCCCUCCGCGCUCGCCCCGCGUUCCUGCAGGCGUCCGGAGCCGCCGCGCCGCGGAGGCGGCCCGCGCCCGCCCUGCUGGUCGCCAUCAUCCCGGCGUGCACCGCGGCGGCGGGCGGGCCGGCGGCCAUGUUGCGAUAGUCUGUUGUUUUCUUCCUGCGGAGGAGCCGGGCCGGAGUGGCCGAGACCGCCGGCCGUCUCGCCCCCUCCCCGGUCCCGGCCCGCCGCCCCCCCCGCCCCCCGCCGCACGUCCCCGGGCCCCGGCCGGCCGGCGGCCCACCGCCUGGCUUGGCGGGGCGACCCCGAAGGCCGGGCCCGCGAGCACCAUGGCGGCCGCCCUGGGAGCCGGCGGAGGAGCCGGCGCCGGAGAUGAUGACUUUGACCAGUUUGAUAAGCCUGGUGCAGAGCGGUCGUGGAGAAGAAGAGCCGCGGACGAGGACUGGGACAGUGAACUUGAAGAUGACUUACUUGGAGAAGAUUUGCUGUCUGGCAAAAAGAAUCAGUCGGAUUUGUCAGAUGAAGAGCUGAAUGAUGAUCUUUUACAGAGUGAUAAUGAAGAUGAAGAAAAUUUCAGUUCUCAGGGUGUCACAAUUAGUCUAAACACCACAUCUGGCAUGGUCACGUCAUUUGAACUGUCUGACAACACUAAUGACCAGUCCGGAGAACAGGAGUCUGAGUAUGAACAAGGAGAGGACGAACUUGUUUAUCACAAAUCCGGGGGAUCUGAACUGUACGCUCACGAGUACCCAGAGGAAGGACGCUACGAAGGCCAUGGCGCUGAGCUGACGGAAGGCCACAUGGAAUAUGUGGAGGAGCCGGAGGAGGGGCAGCUGUACAGUGACGAAGUGUUAGACAUCGAGAUCAAUGAGCCCUUAGAUGAAUUCACAGGAGGUAUGGAGACUUUGGAGCUACAGAAGGACGUAAAAGAAGAAUCCGAUGAGGAAGAUGAUGAUGAUGAAGAAUCUGGACGAUUGCGGUUCAAAACUGAAAGGAAAGAAGGAACAAUUAUUAGGCUCUCAGAUGUAACUAGAGAGAGAAGGAACAUUCCAGAAACUUUGGAGCUUUCAGCCGAAGCCAAAGCCGCGUUGCUUGAGUUCGAAGAGAGAGAGCGACAGCAUAAGCAGGGACGCUAUGGCUCGAGGCGGGGAGGAAGGAGAGGAAGCUCUUUAGUGUGUCGUGGAAUGGGAGACCAGAGGAGAGAGAGCAGUGAGCGAGCAAGAAUAAAAGAUCACAGACCUGCCCUGCUUCCGACGCAGCCUCCUGGCGUGACGCACUCUCCAAGAUUGAUCCCCCCUGCGCAGCCUCAGCCGCCACCGCCGCCGCCGCCGCCGCCCCAGCAGCAGCCCAUCAGGAGCCUGUUCCAGCAGCAGCCGCUGCAGCCCCUGCUGCCCCUGCAGCACCCGCAGCACGCCCCGUCUCCCCAGGGGGCGCAUGUGCCGCCCCAGAUGGAGGCCCCGCGCCUGAUGAUCACCCCUCCUCCGGUGACCCCGCAGCAGCCCAAGAACAUCCACAUAAACCCCCACUUCAAGGGGGCGGUGGUGACGCCCGUGCAAGUGCCCUUGCUGCCAGUUCCCAGCCAGCCGAGACCUGCUGUGGGGCCGCAGAGAUUCCCUGGCCCUCCGGAGUUCCCGCAGCACACGCCCGGGCCGGUCCCCAGCACCUUCAGCCAGCCCCCGCGGCUUCCCCUGCAGGACCAGUGGAGAGCCCCGCCGCCGCCGCAGGAGCGGGACCCUUUCUUCUUGGGAGUUUCAGGCGAACCGAGGUUCCCGAGUCAUCUCUUCCUGGAGCAGCGCAGCCCCCCGCCGCCGCCGCCGCCCCCCACGCUCCUCAGCGGCGCGCACCCCGUGCCCGCCCCCAGCCCCCUGCCGUUCACCCAGCCCGGGCCAGCGUUCAGCCAGCAGGGCCAGCAGCCCGUGUUCCCCAGGGAGAGGCCCGUGAGGCCAGCGCUGCAGCCGCCGGGGCCGCUGGGGAUCCUGCACUUCAGCCAGCCGGGCUCGGCGGCCACGCGGCCCUUCAUCCCGCCGCGGCAGCCCUUCCUGCCCGGCCCGGGCCAGCCCUUCCUGCCCGCGCACGCGCAGCCCAGCCUGCAGGGGCCCCUUCACCCUCCGCUGCCCCCUCCGCACCAGCCCCAGCCGCAGCCGCAGCCUCAGCCCCCGCUCCAGCCGCAGCACCAGCCUCCGCUGCAGCCGCCCCCGCAGCACCAGCCGCCCCCGCAGCCGCAGCACCAGCCCCCGCACCAGCCGCAGCCGCACCAGCACCACCACCACCUGUCCGUCCCUCCGCCGCCGCUGAUGCCCAUGUCGCAGCCGCAGUUCCGGCCUCACAUCCAGACGGCCCAGCCGCAGCCAGGCGGUGCUCGGAUGCAGUGUCCCCAGCGCCAGGGGCUCAGGCAUAACACAACUUCUCAGAACGUAACCAAGCGGCCAAUGCAGCAAAUGCAGCCCACCGCUCCCAGGAACAGUAACCUGCGCGAGCUACCGAUCGCGCCGUCGCACGUCUUGGAUAUGGGCAGCAGUCGCUGCUCCACGGCCUCGGCUCAAGUGAAACCUGUCAUCAGCACGUCGCCACCCUCGAGGCCGGGGGCGGGGUCCAGGGCCGCACCGGGGAAGACGGAAGCCAAGGUCAAGCCGCUCAGCCCUGUGGUUCAACCCAAAGAAGAAGCAAAAACAGAACCAGAGUUUCCCGAUGAAGAUGAGGAGACGCGCCUCUACCGCCUGAAGAUCGAGGAGCAGAAGCGCCUCCGAGAAGAGAUCCUGAAGCAGAAGGAGCUGCGGCGGCAGCAGCAGGCGGGCGCCAGGAAGAAGGAGCUGCUGGAGAGGCUGGCCCAGCAGCAGCUGCACCUGCCCGCAGCCUCGGCCGAGCCGGACGAGCAGGCGGCCUCACCAGCCCCCGCCAACGGGAACCCGCUCCUGCCCUUCCCGGGCGCGCAGCCUAGACCGAAUGUGAAAAACAGACUCCUUGUGAAAAACCAGGACGGCCCCGUUUCGAACAUUCAGCCCAAAAUGUCCAACUUUGCGCCGGCCGGUGCUCCGGGGCAGUACCAAGGACAGCAGACGAAACCACCCAAGCACCCGAGGCAGGCCAGGGCCGUCCCUCAGAGUCCGGGCCCGCACAGGGUCCCGCAGGGGAAGCCUGCGGACGCGGAGGGGCCGCCACCCCCCUCGCAGAGCGCUCGAGCCGCCCUCCAGGGCCGGCCCCCGGACGCCAAGCCCGGCGCCAAGAGGACGGUCAUGCACCGGGCCGGCAGUGGCGGCGGCGAUGGGCCGCACGUCAGCUCCAAGGUCAGGGUGAUUAAGUUGUCAGGCGGGCAGGGAGGAGAGAGCGACGGCUUUUUUCACCCCGAGGGCCAGCCCCAGCGGCUCCCGCAGCCCCCAGAAGCCAGACAGCCGCCCGCCCGCAAGGUGACACUGACCAAGGGGGCCCCCCAGCAGCCCCAGCACCCACCGGUGGGGGCCCACAUGCACCCGGCCGGCCCUCCGGGCAUCAAGAGCAUCCAGGGAGUCCAUCCUGCCAAGAAGAGAGCACACAGGGGUACGCGAGCAGGGGAGCAGCAGAGAGAGAGAGAAUCCCGAGCAGACUUCACGCUCGGCGCAUGGUGUGACUCGGGGCUCGAUACCACGAAGCGUGAGAUCACGGCACGAGCCGAAGUCAAGAGUCGGACCACCAGUUUGUUCUCCAUAGUUAAGAGUCUGGGGGUUGUCAUGCAUGGGAGAGGCCGAGGAGUGGCGGGGGCUGUGGGCCGGGGCCGCCUGAUGCCAAACAAGCAGAACCUCCGGGUGGUGGAGUGUAAGCCGCAGCCCUGCGUCGUGUCUGUUGAAGGGCUCUCUUCGUCCACCACUGACGCCCAGCUGAAGAACCUACUGAUGUCAGUCGGACCCAUCCAGAGUUUACAGAUGCUUCCCCAGCAACGGAAAGCCAUAGCUAAGUUCAAGGAACCGGCUCAUGCGUUAGCAUUUCAGCAGAAAUUCCACAGGCACAUGAUAGAUUUGUCCCACAUAAACGUGGCCCUGAUUGUUGAGUGAUCUCUAGCAGGAGACGCUGACCGACACGGAACACUCGCUGUGGGAUUUCUUCAGGGAAGCCGCGGCGCACACCCCCACGAGCACGGCCUCUCCGCGCACAGUCUUGCGUAACUGUUGUCCGGAGAGCGGCCGGCCCGGCGUGGACUCCAGCAGAGCCGGACUUGGGGACGUGGCGGCCUGGGCUCCGGUGUUACACGCUCCCCGUUCUGUUGUCACCACAGAGAACUACACUUUCCGGUUUCUUUUGUUUUCAAAGUGCUUACGAUGCAUGUAGCCCUUGUUCUUCGUGAUCGUGCUGUGUGACCGAUCACAGUGACUUAGGUUCAGGAAGGGACGUUAGCGCCACAAAUUCUGAGUAGUUUCCACAGCAAAGAACACUUGAUAAUGGUUGCACCCAUCUUCAGUGCAGGCUAGACAAGGGUCUUCCCAGCCGAGCGGAACCGCGCUGUCCUCUCAGAAAGCCCUCACGAGGCUCUUGGAAGCACGUAGAUUAAAAUUUGGGUGAUGGUGACGGGCAGCCGCGUGUCCUGGCAAGCAGGACGUGAGGGCGGUUGGGAGCGAUGCCCAUUGUGUGGCGGAUUCUGCUUCUUGUAAAUACUCCAGAAGCACCAGCUGCGUGUUCCUAGUUGCGGAGGGGACUCCCCACCCCUCUGUCCACUCUUCCCCAGUAAGGCAGCAUAGGCCCUGCCGUGUCUCCCUGGGCCUAGAGAGGGCGCCUGUGGCGCCGUCACCCUGCAGCCCUUCCGGAGCCCUGCCAGGUGGGUCGUGUUGCACAUCUACCCCGCGAGGCAGAGGCAGGGGGACUCGGCCCGGCCCCGUGUGGUUUGUUCCUCUUUGUAAAUGUGGCCCGAAGCAGCAUAUUCGUGUCCCUGGCUCUGUGACAUACAUACAACAUUCUUUGGGAACUUGGUUAUCAUUGCUCUGAUUAACUUUUUUUUUUUUUUUUUUUUUUUUUUGAAGGCCUUUUGAGUAGGGCUGUGCUGCCCUUGAGCAGAGCCAGGAGCAAGGUGGCCUAUGUGCUGGCGAGUUGCCCCUCGUGGGGUGUGGUGUGAGGGAUGGCUCUCCUCCCCAGACCGUGCAGCCCAAAGUGAAAUUGAAAUGUGUUCAUGUGGCCCCGAACCUGCUUGAGGAGUUCUGGGUAGGCUCGUUUAGGUGAGACUUUUCCUUCCCGUAAAAGCAACGUUUAGUACAGUUCAUUCUGGUCAAGUCUUUAAAAAAGUGCCUUAUUGUAUUUCUGCUCAAGAACGAGUUUCACCGUUUGGGGUUUAUACUAACGUGGACCUGAACUGUUUGAGCAAGUAACAGAUACUAAGGCAUACUCAGACUUUUUAGCUGUGUUUUAUACCUAAGAUUUCACGGCAGGUUUACUAGUAGAAUUAGAGGAAAUAGGAGCCUGCCGCCUCCAGAUGCCACCGGUCAGCCCUGCGGGGACCAGCUCGAAGCCCCGGAGCCCCUGCCGCCAGGCACCCUCCCUCCUCUGAGCCUUCGUGCGGGGGCUGGGACCCAGGCCGCGUGAGCCUGUGUCGUGUUUGCACAGGUGAAAUUUUAUAUUUUUGCAACUUCAGUUGCCCGAACUGGAGGGGAGCGUUCAGACCCCGUGAGGCUUUCUGUGGCGAGGGUUCUAAGUGGCAUCCCGCGGUAGGAGGAGGCCUGGAGGAUGAAGGUGGGUGUUGGCGGCUGCUUUUCAGAAGGUGUAGGUGCCAGGAAGCGAACGGGCACUCCCAGGGUGCACCCCCUAGCUGAGGCGCCUGGCCGCCUUGUUCCAGAAAGCCCCUGACUCAGCUGCGCCAGGCCUGCCGUGGUGCUCCAGGGGAGGGUCCGCACAGUCCGUGCCCUGUCCCUACCCUCGGUCGACACGCACGUCCUGUCUGCUGUUGUCACAGGGAGAGACGGAUGUGUUCGUGUGUUUAAAAGCGUAGUUUAUUUGGCUGAGUCCACAGAGAGCUGCGUUGAAGCAACGAGCUUGACAACCUGCUAGUUACGACACAUCCAGACCCCUUGCCAGUGCCGGGCAGUGGGAAGGCUUUCAGUUGACGGACUUGCUUUUUAUCACCAAGAACCAACUGAUGCAAUAAAAUGAGCUUAAAAAUUUUUUACCAUUUUCUGAAAUAGUCUGAGUGUGCCGUAUUGUCUCUGGAAAGUAGGCACAUAAGAAAGAGCUUUUUCCCUAGUUAGUGAUGAGAAGUCAUCAGUCCUGCGUGGGCACCGCUGUUCAAGACCUGGUGGUGACAUUAAGGUCUGCUUUCGACCUUGUCCGAGGACGAUACGGGCGCCAUGGGACAUGUGUGUCUGUUAACUGUCUGCACACGUGAGCCUUCUCUUGAUGUGGUGUUCUUGAAAGCCUUUGGCCACGGGGAGCUGGGCCUUCGUAAAGCCCUGGUUAGAAUGGCCCCGUGUGCCCGGCCGUUGGCAGUGGCCGCAGUUAGUGCCGGCCGUCCCGGAGCAGAGGCUUGGUUUCCUUAAAGGGAGCUGCGGAAGGGAAAGAAGCAGAAUUAGAAAGUAACGUUAUUUCCAUUCUCGGUGCGCUUUUCGCGGUGAAAUCAGACCACCGUAAGCCGAACCCUUUUGGAAGAUCUGUUGCAACCAUUAUCUUUGUUCUUUAUUUAUCAUGCAUUUAAAAUGACAUGCAGAAGCAUUUAACAUACUAUGUAAAUAUGGACCUUUUAAAAUUAAAAUGUUAAUUGGAAACGCUUUCAAUUCAGCAACAAUCUUAGCUAUUUGUUAGUUCUUUUGUGUUGUCUUAUCGAAGUUAAAUGGAUUCCGUUCCAUAAUUGUUGAUGUGUCUGUGUGUAAAUCCGAUUUUUAUAAAGAUGGUAGUUAAGUCAAUACAUGUAUCCUGACCUGUGUAUUAUUUGUUUCCAAAUUCAGGAAGCUUAAAGUCAGUAAAUACCGAUAUAUCGCGUGAGGUAAAUAUAACAGGUGAUUGUGUGGAGCCAAGGUACCUUUUCUUUUUACAUUGUCUUGUUUUGAUUUUGUGCUGUAAUAUAAGAUCACUUAGCCGCUUAUCUGAGCAUAACCUUGCAUUACCGUUGGUCUGCCCACUUUUGUUAAGUCCUUAUACUGAUAAUUCUAAGGGAGAAACCCUGUCUCUUUUUACCAGAACAAAUGUUGAGGGUCCCCCCUCUUUCUGGACAGGCAGCGUCCUAUGUAGGUGUCUGUGCCCUUCCCAGUGGGGAGCGGGCAGGGUGGCGGGGGGGAGGGGCUUCAUCGUAACUACUUUUUAUUUGAGUCGUUCUUCUCUUGAUUUGUAACAGCCCUGGAGAAACCAUUGUUUACGCCUGGUUCUGUAGCGUUGCUAAGUUGUGACAGAGCUUGGAUCCUGCGCCCAGGGGGCUUUUUUUCAAAGAGCGUUUUGCUUAAUUUGUAAAUGGAAGACUGUUGCUGGAGGAGAUUGGGAGAGGUGUCUCGGGUGGAGGGGAGAGGGGAGCAGGGGGGCCUGGGACGGGGGGAGAGGAGAAUUUUGCAGAAUGAAGGAGUUGUACUAAGUAUAAUGAACUUCUCACACACUGACUCUUUUCAGAGGAGUCAGCUGGUCGAGCCGAGAAGCAUGCGGGAGGGUGGGCUCGUGGACGGCUCUCGCCGGGGGACAGGAGGGCACCCGCCCCACAGGGAGGUCACCUUUCCGCGGGAGGGCCUUGAGCCCUUCCUCAGGAGGGGCCCCGCGGAGGUACAGAGAUGCCCCGAGGCAGGGCCUGGCUCAGAGGGGCUGUUUGCAGAACCUGUCACUUCCGUUCUUGUUUUCUUAAAUUUUCUUUCGGCUUGUUGUGGUUUUUUUGUUUUGUUAUUUUCUUUUUUUUCUUUUUUUCUUUUUUUGCUGUCGUUUUUAAUUUCUUUGUUAUUUAAUUGAAGGUAAGCUCCACGCGCUUCUAGACCACUGGACUGACAGGGACCCUGUCGCGGGCGGUUGGGUUCUGGUGGAGGUCUGGUGCCGAAUGCCCGGCGCGCUCCCCGCUCGGUUCCCUAGAGAGCCCGCGUGUCCGGCUGUCAAGAAAUGCAUCCCCAGUCGGCCGGUGCUGCCCUCAGCAGAUGGCUCUGGGCUCCUUUGCUGUCAUACUGGCCUGCUCAGAGUCAUUUUUAAUCUCCCCUCCCUCCCUGCUUGUAGGAUUGUUCUGGCUUCACACAUUCACUGUUAGACCUGAUUUUAUUUCCCUGUAGUCAGGUGGAGUGCCCCCCCCCUUGUCUGUUUAUUUGGUGUUGGGGGUGGGGGGCUUGUGAAAGGUCGCCUUGGUUCUUUACCAAUUUUUAAGAGACCUUAUUCUAAAAGGGAAUCCCUGACGGGUGGGGCGGAUGAUCGCUGCGGGGUGGGGAGACAGCCCUGUCCCCCCCCGUGAAGGAAGCCACAGGAGCUGAGAUCGCUUAGGGGAAAGUGUAGGUAUUUUACUGUAUUUAAUGAGCAUUUCAAUUAACCUUUUCACCUAUUUUUAAAACUUGUGAAUGGAGUGUUAUUUUGGACAUUGGUAAAUAUGAACUCUCCAAAGGCGGUUAGCCUUGAUUUACUGCUAAAUCCUAAGGAUUAUUGUGUAAGGUUUUUUUGCAACCUAUUUAAUCUUCAUCAUUUAAAGCGCCCGUGGUUUUGUGUCCUAGAACCAAAGCAGAACUCGCUGAUUCAUAUUGGAUCCCAGGUAUACCUUCUUCUGGUAGCGUAUGGUUGGGAAGGAUCAUUGGUUUUACACGCUGUAACCUGCCUUUUCUAGAGAAUGUUUUUAAAACUCUUAACUCUCUCUCCCCUGUGCCGGGUUUUGGUAGGAAGGCUUCUCGUCAGGACAGGCAGGUAGAGCAGGCGUCUUCAGUGAGGACUUUUUUCCCUUUUAUUUCUGACCAACUAAAAUGUAAAAAGACCGUGUUGGUGUUUUGCUGUGUUUUAUUUUACUAAUUUUAAAACGUACCUAGAAAAAUACAGGCCCUUUAAAAAGAAACAACGUAGCCUUUGAAUUCUGAGUACGUUGCACAGACUGGACAGGUACGCUAUUUUUUUAAUAUAUUCUGUAUUUAGUAGUUUUAUAUACUCUAGAGAGUAGACCUUGACGUUCUUGUAGCAUGGUUUCGUCUCAACUACUUUUUAUCUUAAGGGCACACGUAGUGGAAGCUGAUUUUUAAAGGUCUGUUUACAUUUUAUACACUCUGCAGCGUUGUCUUAGACCCUACGAUUUAGGGGUUUCUAACAACACACAGCGCACUCACACCCUCAGCCGAACAGCUAGGAUCGUUUGGUUUUUUUGUAAUUCGUCUUUGCUUUUCGCAGGCAUGGGGGCCAGGAGUGCUUUUCCUCUGUGAGGAUUCUAACUCUCCGUCUUCGCCUUUAAUCCCACCGUUUAAUUUUCAGGUUCGACAGCAGCCCAGCCCGCAGCCUUUGCAUUCCGAGCGAGCGGGUUUCCUGUGUGGGGCGUCUCCGUCCUUUUGUGGCGUUGCCGCCCCCCACCCCCUCCCCGGGGCUCCGGAGCAGCGGCCUCCUGCCUGACCCCCCCCCCCCGCCCCCCCUUUCCUGUUCUCUUGCACCUUCCUCGCCCAAACCCAUCUAGCAGCCACCACAGGGAGCUUCUUCCCCAUUCUGGAAAAUCACUUUCUCCGCCUUCCUCCUCUCUGGAUGUCUUCACCCUCCUCCUACCCACCUGCCUUUGGCCACAGACCUGUCCUUUGCUGACGGUGCUCUAUUCUUACUCCUCUGUCUGCUCUUAACAUUUAGAAUUCCUCCUUGGGGGUGGGGGUGCGAGGCGGCCGUGAACAUUUUUGCACGGCGUUUGCAUUCGACUGCGUCACCCCCUUUGCUUUGACAGGUUUUCACUCCCGCUUUGUUCCUGCAGGUCUCUGCUGGAGAGAAUAACGUCCGGAUUCUGUUACUUUGCAGUGUGACCUCGCGGGAGCGUGUGGCGCCCCGCGAUGCCGGCCGGUGUCCUGCCGCCCGCGGGGAGCGUGCGAUUAACCACCCCUUUGUUUUCACCCCUGCUUUUACAGGACCUCUUGUGCAUGAGUCAGUGUUAGUUGUAGCGCGCCCAUUUUUCCACUGGAAGCGGCGGCCCGUUUGACCCCGUGUCACUGCUCCCGCUGUGAUCCUUCCUAACCGUAAUGCGCACGCGCUGCCGAGCUGGCCCGCGCCAGCUCCCGGGUGGAGCCUGACGCUGUGUCUGUUGGGAGUGCGUUGGGAGUUCAGAGACCGGCACGCGACCGAGUUGCUUCCCUGUGGGUUGGCCUGCCUCACGUGUUCUGCCCAACACUGCACUUGCCCUUGUGGGGAAGGACGUCGCCUCGCUUUGCCCCGUCUCGCUGUGCGCUGAUCACUGUGACGCUUUAUCAGGAAUCUGUGUGAGGAACACUGGUGACAUGGUUGGAAAAAUGUAUUGUGUGUAUCAUUUGUGUGACUCCGUACGGAGGCGUGUCUCGAACUGUGUUGUAAUUUGAAAGAUGUGUUAAUAAACUGCCUUGCGGCCUCUG